CAGCGAGCGAGGCCUUGCGACCUUGCGCCCGUGUGCAGUGUUUUACUCGUGGUCCUGGCACUGGUGCGUCGGGCCUGCCAUGGCCUGUCCGGCGUCCAUCCGGGUUCCAGCACGACACCACCUAACACCACAUUUGGCACGUCGAACCUGAACCCCUUUUGAACUGCUCCAAACGGAACGUCGAUGCAGCCAGGCACAGGCAAUCUAAACACCUACCCAAUCUCCAUACCCACCCCCCAUCCCAUCCACAAUCAUCCAUCCAUCUUCUUCGACUGAAGCCGCCCUGUCUGCUCGCUGCUGCUGCUGGUGCUUGCUGCUGCCACACUGACUGCCGUCGCUCCUCACACAAAAUUUCCCAUUCUUUUCUACCGGCAACAACUCAGCAUUCUCCUCCCCGUUAUCACGUCCCCGUCUUCAUUUCGUACCUUACCUUUGGCACUCUUUUCAUAUUCAUACGCGAUCCAGCGUUACCUUUCAGAUUCACCGGCCAAUUGCCUUGGAAAUCCGCACUAGGCGGCGCCCAUUGACAACUACCCAACCUUUGACAAUACGCGAACCAUCGAGGUAUCUACCCUACCGGCUCGCCUUCCUUCCGACUUCGCGCCUUCCUUACGAUCCCGAAUUUUUUUACCUUUUUCAUCAACCGUUCACUUCUCGACUCGACCGAAACAUCACCAUCACGGUACCUUCUGCUAUAAUGGCUUCGAACGGUAUUCCCACCUCUCCUCCUGUUAGGGCGGCUCCCGUACCUCAGUCAUCGACUUCCCAGCCAUUGCCAUCUCAGACGAAACAACAUCAAGAUGCUUCUGGUUCUGACACCGUGGCCGCAGCUCUCCCUUCUACCUUGAGCGACAACCGAAACAUUGUCCGAAGGAAGCUGACGGGAUACGUUGGUUUCGCCAACCUUCCCAACCAAUGGCACCGCAAGAGCGUCCGCAAGGGCUUCAACUUCAAUGUCAUGGUUGUUGGUGAAUCGGGACUCGGAAAGUCGACCCUCGUUAACACUCUCUUUAACACUUCGCUUUACCCUCCCAAGGAGCGCAAGGGACCUAGCCUCGACAUUGUUCCCAAGACUGUCACCAUUCAGUCUAUCAGCGCCGAUAUUGAAGAGGCUGGUGUUCGCCUCCGUUUGACCGUCGUUGACACUCCUGGCUUCGGCGACUUUGUCAACAACGACGAGUCUUGGCGUCCUAUUGUGGACAACAUCGAACAGCGCUUCGAUGCUUACUUGGAUGCCGAAAACAAGGUGAACCGCAUGAACAUUGUGGACAACAGGAUCCAUGCCUGUGUGUUCUUCAUCCAGCCCACCGGUCACUCGCUCAAGCCUCUUGAUAUCGAGGUCAUGAAGCGUCUCCACACCAAGGUCAACUUGAUUCCCGUCAUCGCCAAGUCGGAUACUCUCACCGAUGACGAGAUUGCUGCUUUCAAGGCUAGAAUUCUUGCGGAUAUCAAGUACCACAAGGUGCAAAUCUUUGAGGGCCCUCGCUACGAACUCGACGAUGAGGAGACCAUCGCGGAGAACAACGAGAUCAUGUCCAAGGUCCCCUUCGCUGUUGUCGGUGCGACCAACGAGAUCACAAACGCCGAUGGCCGUAAGGUUCGCGGUCGCCGUUACCCUUGGGGUGUGAUCGAGGUGGACAAUGAGGAGCAUUGCGACUUUGUGAAGCUCCGCCAGAUGCUCAUCCGUACUCACAUGGAGGAGCUCAAGGAGCACACCAACAACGUCCUUUACGAGAACUACCGCACGGACAAGUUGAUCGCUAUGGGCGUCUCUCAAGAUCCAAGCGUCUUCAAGGAGGUGAACCCAGCCGUCAAGCAGGAGGAAGAGCGCGCCCUCCACGAACAGAAGCUUGCGAAGAUGGAAGCCGAAAUGAAGAUGGUCUUCCAGCAAAAGGUUGCUGAAAAGGAAUCCAAGCUGAAGCAGAGCGAAGAGGAGCUGUAUGCUCGUCAUAGGGAGAUGAAGGAGCAGCUGGAGCGCCAACGACUGGAGCUCGAGGAGAAGAAGUCCCGAAUCGAAAGUGGGCGGCCAAUUGAGAAGGAGCCGACAAAGAGGAAGGGAUUUUCUCUCCGAUAAUUUUGCGGCAACAACUUCACCCGCCUCUCACGACUGUUGUACUGUCAUGUUAUCCCGCAUACACCUCGGCCUGCCGCUUCAUUCCUUCAUUCUCUGUUUUCCAUUUGUUCAUCUUCUAAUCAUAACCUCCUAAUCCUGCGGGAGGAUCCCCUCGCAAGCCAACAGUCUCUUUGCAGAUCCCUUCAUAACCGGAUGGGUUUCUGUUAGAAAUUUGUUGGCUGCCGUAAACGGUCAAAUUUCCAAAAGCCGGUGUGUUCCGUCGUUGGGACGGGGUGCGGUCCGGUCGACUUUGUUCUUGAAAAGCUAAUGCAGAUGUAAUUGGGCCGGAGGAGCUUUUUCGAGAAUCUCUUACUUCACAAUGGCAGCAUGGUUCCAACAGAUAUAUCCUCUUAUCUGCUUUAGGGAGUUGAGUUCCGAAAAUAUGAGGGAGAAGAAAGAGAGAUAAUUCGUUGGCUGUUCCCCAUCAGAUGUUUGCGGCGCAGCAGCAAUCAGGCCCUCAACUCCCUUUCGCGGCUCUGCUUGCCCUUGUCUUCUUGACCGACUGUCGGCAACAUCAUGUUUCCGGCUGCCACCAUGACUGACAAGUCGGUUAGGAUGCUGUGGCUGGCGGGAGCGAGGAGCAAUUCACAACCGAGAAGCUCAUAGAGGGAUCAGAAGGAGUCGGGUUUGAAUUGUGCUCGCGACGUUGCACCAUAUGCAAGUUGCAAAGGGGGCGUAAGGGAACAGGCGGGAAAUCUCACUUGGACGAAAAGCAACGAACGACCAGAUAUCCCAACAACACAUGUAUUUUAUUAACUGCUUUCAUCGGCGAUCAGAUGUUUUUAUUUCACGGGGAAUUCUUGUAGGAGGUUUUUCUUUUCACGGUUUACGGUCGGUCAUACCCAACCCAACAUUUCCGGCCGAUUCUCUCAACUGGUGCUUCGCUCUCCAGCCACGGAGGGUUCUUGCUUACCACAUAAAACAUACACACACUCAACGUACACUUAGCCUCUCCUAGAUAGUUAUUUCUUAGCCUUUUUCUCUCUCGCGCUCUCAAGGCGAAUUUUGCCGUCUUCCUCAGUGAUAAGUGUUUACCUUUGCACUGCUCCUCUCGAUCGACAAUGCUAUGAUUGGCAAUUUUACUAUAUAAGCACUGAGCUUUCAGAGAGGAGACCGUAGGUGUCUCGGUGGUUCUCAUCUGUCUCAUGACUUU